GUUCUCGCUGCGGGAAGAGUGUGUGAUUUGUCGAAGUUUUUCAUUCAAUUUAUUUGUCUGUUGCGGCACGUUUUCAUCCAUUUUCCGAACGGCGUCGAGCGAAACAUGUCAACGUAAAAAUUACGCAUUCUAUCACAAGAGGUUUUGAGUCCUACUUGAUCUAUCAUUUCGAUUUGGAAUUACCUGCUGAACUUUGGUGUAUAGCUAUUUUGAUAUAGCAGUGGGCCGGUAAAAGCGUUAUAGGCUACAUACAAUACAAUCUGAAGUACCGUAAAGUGGAAAUGAUGUAUGGGGAUAACUGCCGGAUAAUUAUCGUACAUUCACUGCACAGAGACUGACCAGCCACCUAUGUGGUGGGUCUGCGGGGGUACGGUACAGAGUUGCCAUGGCUACGAGUCAGCUCUCCCCUCUGAUCGCCGGGGCAGACCUGGCAGAGAAGGUGCCCUUGGACAGCGGCACCUUUGGGAAUGACGUUUACCUGUGUCACCACAAGACUCACGGUCAGCUGCUUAUUAAAACGGUCUGCACCGGACGACAUCUCAGCGAGAGUAAGAAGAGAUCGCUUCUGAAGGAGGCCGAGCCGCUGCUCAGGCUCAACCACAGUCGUGUCGUGAGAGUCCUCGGCGUUGUUCUGGAGGACGGGCCCUCGUCCCUGGUCAUGCAGAUUUUCCCCAAAGGACACCUUUUGGCUAUACUUGAAGAAGUGCCUGUGCCCAUAUCCGUCAAGGGGAGGAUUAUUUUAGACAUCCUGGAAGGAAUGGUUUACUUAACCACCAGCGGCAUCGUGCACAAGGACCUGAAGCCACAGAACAUUUUGGUUGACGAGGAUUUUCACAUAAAGAUCGCUGACCUGGGAUUGGCCAGUUGCCGGUCCUGGAGUAAGCUGACGAUGGAGGAGUCGCACAGGCACAGCAGGAAGGGAGCCUCCAGCAAAUCAGGCACCCUGUUCUACAUGGCCCCGGAGCAUCUACAGAGCCUCAACACGCCCUUCACCGAGAAGUCUGACGUGUACAGCUUCGCCAUCAUCACCUGGGUCACCCUCACCAACAUGGAGCCCUACAGCAAUGAGGAUGAUCAGGUGACGUCGGCGGUUUGCAGCGGCAGCAGGCCAGAUGUGAGCCGCGUUCCACCGCACACGCCGAGGGAGAUGCUAACCCUGAUGCAGGAAUGCUGGCAUCAGGAUCCGCCCAGACGGCCACCAUUUUCAGAAAGCCAUAACUCCUUCCAGUACUUCUACAGGGAUGAACUGGAACAAAAUGCAGAGAGAGAUUUAAAAAGUCUUACGGGUCGAACUGCAAGUCCUGAUCUCACGGCUGAGAUGAGUGCCCUUUCACUGAGUGAGCCACUCUGGCAGACAGACGCUGGGAGCGGGUCCGUUGGGCUGUCGGCGGAGACCAGUGUGGAAGGCCCUCAGGCCCGGGACGGGCUGUGGUUCGGGUCGCUCCAGACGGACGCGCUUCCCGCCCGGCGUGACCACGCGCCCCACGGAAGCUUCGUCAGCUCCCCGGACCUGAGCGUGCCGCCCUGCCCCGGCCGCCAGCGGCCCGUCCAGAGCGGGGACGCCUCGCCCCCCCGCGCCAACGUGCCCUUGCGGGGCAGGAGGUCAGAGAGGCUGAGCAAAGCCGAGGCCUGCAAAAACUGCACCCCGCAACCCGGCAACCCCCGAAUCCGGUCCUGGCCCGUGAUCCCGGAAUGGGAGGGGUACGGCAGUUGUGCCGGGGCAGACUCCGCCAGCGCGCUUCACCGCCAGUGUUCAGCUGGUGUGUUCAUACAGCAUGCGGUUGGGGUACAAAUUGGAGAUAAUAACCAUAUGACGAUUGGAAAUGAGGACUAUGGCGAGGACUUCGAGCCCAGUCCGGCGGACCUGUUGCCUUAUGACGAGCUGUUGCAGAAAUACGAAGACCGCCCGGUGCGGAAGGAGCAGCUGGAGCUGCUGUCCAAGAGCAUCGGGCAGAACUGGAAGUGCUGCGCGCGGAGACUGGGCCUGAGCAACGUGGAGGUGGAGACCAUCAGCUACAACUACAACGGGGAGGGGCUGCGCGAGAUGGUGCACCAGAUGCUGGAGAAGUGGCAGACGAAGACGGGCGCGGUGGGCUGCACCGUGGGCGGGCUCUGCCGCGCCCUCAGGGACAAUGUCGGCAUGGACGUGCUCUGCCAGCUGCUGCGGAUGUGCCAGGGCGGGGCCACUCCCUGACCUUCCCCACGCAGAGCCGCACAGCACCCCUCCCUAACCCGCCCUGCAGAUCCACACAGCACCCCUCCCUGACCCUCCCUGCAGAGCCGCACAGCACCCCUCCCUGACCCUCCCUGUAGAUCCACCAAAUGUGCCAGGGCGGGGCCACUCCCUAACCUUACCCAGGGAACCACACAGCACCCCUCUCUGACCCUCCCUGUAGAUACACACGGCACCCCUCCCUAACCCGCCCUGCAGAGCCACACA